UCAUAUGAUCGAUUAAACAAUAACAAAGUCUCAUCUAAUGGUGUUAUCAGAUUUGAAAUCUUUAUUUCAUAUUAACGUGCUAAUAUGAAAAAUGAAAUGAAAUGUUAUCAAACAUAAAAUCUAAAUUUUUAAAUGUAAGUAAAAACGUAAUUUUCCCAACAAAUGAUCAAAAUGAAGAAAAUCCAGUCAAUUUCGAAGCAGGCAGCGAGAUAUUAGAUUAUUUUCGAAAUGAAUGGUCGAUAUUACAUAACGCUAGUGAGAACAAUGCCAAAAAGGCCAAUGAAGUGGCCAAAGAAAUAGAAAGUGUAUAUACUAAAAUCAAAAAGACAGAAAAUGAUAUGGAAUAUAUAGUUGAAACGUUAACCACCUCUAAUUUAACCAAUAAUAUCAAUGGAGCUCAUCAGAAGAUCAAUGAUUUAUUGGAUUUAUGUGAAAAAGUGGAGAAGGGUUUAAUAGAAUUCGAAAAGACCAUUGAUGAGAUUGAAUUUCAGAACAUGAAAAAACGGCAUACUUACCAUUUAAAAAAAUAUGAAGAGAGGAAAGAAGAAAAUUUUAAAUUAUUGCAAUCAAAAUUAGAACAAGAGAGAAAGGAAGAACUUGAAAAGGCAGAAAGAGAUAAGGCUAAAAUAAUGGAGGAAAGACAAAAAGUGUUCCAAGAAGCUUUCCAAAAUGAUCUUGAAAUAUUCAAGGCUUUAGGGCAAAUUCCAAAAUUAGAGUUGAACAAGCAACCUAGUGCCUUACUUGAAGAAAUCGAAAUAGAUUAUGACACAGAAGAAUUAGACCAAUUUUUUGAAGACAGCCAUGUCAAAUGAUAAUAUAUAUACCUAUAUUUUUAUAUUUAUAAGUUUUGAAAAUAUAUAAAUUUAUUUCUGUUUGUA